AUGGAUGCCACAGCCUGUAAUGGAUCAAGAGACUCUUCACCCAUCUUCUACCUGGUGGGCAUCCCUUCUCUACAGGAGUUCCUCUUCCUCCCUGUCUUCUUCAUCUUCCUGUUCUUCUACCUGCUUAUCCUGGUGGGUAACACCCUGAUCCUGGUGGCUGUGGUGGCAGAGCCCAGCCUCCACAAGCCCAUGUACUUCUUCCUGAUCAAUCUCUCUGCUCUGGACAUCCUUUUAACAACAACCAUUGUCCCCAAGAUGCUGUCCCUACUGUUACUUGGGGAUCGCUUCCUCAGCUUCUCUGCCUGCUUCCUGCAGAUGUAUCUCUUCCAUGGUCUCGGCUGCUGUGAAGCCUUCAUCCUGGUGGUCAUGGCCUAUGACCGCUAUGUGGCCAUCUGCUGCCCACUGCACUAUCCUGUCCACAUGACCCCACAGACCAAUGCUGCCCUGGCAGCCAGUGCCUGGCUUGCUGCCCUCCUCCUGCCAAUCCCAGCAGUGGUGCAGACAUCUCACAUGGCUUUUGGUUCUGUGGCCCAUGUCUACCACUGUUUCUGUGACCACUUGGCUGUGGUCCAGGCCUCCUGCUCUGACACCAUACACCAGACCUUCAUGGGCUUCUGCAUUGCCAUGGUGGUGUCCUUUCUGCCCCUUCUCCUGGUGCUUCUGUCCUAUGCCCUCAUCCUGGCCUCGGUGCUUCGCAUCAGGUCCCGGGAAGGACGCUCAAAAGCCUUUUCCACCUGCAGCUCCCACCUCCUGGUGGUUGGCACCUACUACUCCUCCAUUGCCAUAUCCUAUGUGUCUUACAGGGCUGACCUGCCCCUGGACUUCCACAUCAUGGGCAAUGUGGUGUAUGCUAUCCUCACACCUGUCCUCAACCCUCUCAUCUACACACUGAGGAACAAGGAUGUCAAAGCAGCCAUCACCAAAAUGGCAUGUCCCCAGGGCCCAGGGCAUUCUGGGGACCUUUGA